CAAUAACUGAUAAAUUUACACGCUCUAUGGGUAUCUCAGGAACUGACAUGAUCUGCCCUAUAACACCACCGCUGGAGGUAAGAGCUCCCGGUGUUAAGCCAUUCUUUCACAAAUUUCACAUAAUACCAAAUGCUUGUCUUAACCUGCUCGGGCGUGAUAUGAUGCACAAAUUGAAUAUGGACAUUAAGUUUCAUGACUCACAUGUUGUCUUUUCCUUUAUGUCAUGCUUGCAGGCAACAAUCGACCCCCUGCCAACAGGGGAAAAAGCAAACGACGAUGACAGGGCCACGUCCACGCCACGCAUACCACAUGAGGGUGUCCUCAUACCUACCCAUUCGCCGUACAACACACCAAUCAAUCCAGUGGUGAAGGCGGACGGAAAAACAUGGCGUCUGACACAAGACUUAAGGGCAAUAAAUAAAUUAAUUAUUCCCCUCUCACCCAUUGUUCCAGACGUUCCGACUGUCAUAAAUUCAAUACCAUGUACACAUAAGUAUUUUUCUGUCAUUGACUUGUGUGCCGCCUUUUUCUCUGUUCCAGUGCAUCCAGAGACACAGCCACUGCUAGCUUUUACCUAUAGGGGGCGUCAAUAUCGCUGGACCAGGUUGGCACAGGGCUUCUCAGACAGCCCCUCGGUUUUCUCGGCGGCAGUACAAAAGACACUGGCAAGAAUGACAGACUUACCGUCCUCAGUCUGCGUGCUUCAAUACGCUGACGACAUCAUGGUCUCUGCGGAGACCAGGGAAGACUGUGAGAAAGCCUCCAUCAUUGUCUGCAAUGUACUGGCUGAUGCUGGUUUCAAAGCAUCCAAAGAAAAGCUCCAGUGGGUCAAGCAGAAGGUCACCUAUCUGGGUCAUAUCAUCAUGCCAGGACUCAGAGCAAUUUCCACGGACCGAGUACAACUGAUCCGCAACAUGAAGUCCCCACGAACUGUACAGCAGCUUCAAAGCUUUCUGGGACUAAUUAACUAUUGCCGCUCGUGGAUACCCGAGUGUGCAGCGCAUGAUAGACAUUUGCGUGGACUGAUUGAUCACAAAGCACCACCAGCAUCACCAAUAUGCUGGACUGAGGAGGCCGAGACUCACUUUAAGACAUUGAAGCAGGCCAUCACCACGGCCCCAGCAUUGGGCCUGCCAGACUACAGCAAACCUUUCCAUCUACACGCCAGAGAGGCCGGUGGGGUAGCACUGGGUGUCCUGUUACAACAGCAUGGUUCCAGCUAUAGACCUAUAGCAUACCUGUCUAAGAAGUUAGAUAAUGUAGUGACAGGCAUGCCUGAAUGUCUUCGUGCAGUGGCUGCUGCGGCUCUGGUUGUACAGAUGGCGGAACGGACGGUACUCUCGCAUCCAAUGACACUCUACACCUCACACCAAGUAGGUGCAAUUUUACAUAAUAUGCAAACGCAACACAUGACGGCACAAAGAAGGUCUGGGUAUGAGGCCACACUGUUGGCAACGAAAAACUUAACACUUCAACCAACAUCAGUUAUCAAUCCAGCCCUACUGGGUGUUUUGGGGUUGGUAAAUAUGACUGAGCAUGAAUAUGAACAUGAUUGUAUCAUUGAGUUAACUACUUCCUGUUCUUCUAGGCCCGACUUAUUGGACUCACCCUUAGACGGGGGGGAGCACAUCUAUGUAGAUGGGUCAUGUGCAAAACCGUCGGACGGUGUCUACCUCUGUGGAUAUGCUGUGGUGUCUGACGCGGGAGAAGUCAUUGAGGCUUUUGCUCUGAACUAUAAUUCAGCACAAGCUGCAGAGUUGGUAGCGCUCAUACGCGCAUGCGAGCUGAUGUCAGGGAAAAGGGCUACGAUCUAUACUGAUUCAAAGUAUGGGUGGGGCGUUGUACACAAUUUUGCAAAAACAUGGGAGGCCCGAGAUUUUAGGACAGCAGAUGGUAAGCCCAUAGCUCAUGCAAACCUAAUAGGGCGGUUAACCAAAGCAGUACAGCUACCGUCCGAAUUAGCAAUAGUCAAAGUAAAAGGGCACGCAGCAGGAAAUGACGAACAAGCGAUUGGAAACCGAAAAGCAGACGAAGCUGCAAAAGAAGCAGCACAAGCGCAAAUCAAAGCACCAUUUGAGUGCGAUGGUCCAACCAAUUUGGCCAUGGCGGUGCAUGUAACAAACGUGCCUGACAUUGACAUUAAGUUUUUGCAGAGCCAGCCAACCCAGGGCGACCUCGAACAUUGGAGUAAACAUGGAUGUGCGCCCGACGAAAGGGGGGUCGUGAGGGACGAAAAGGGAAGAAUCGCACUCCCAAAAUUGGGACUGGUGGUUUUGAUACGGCACUAUCAUGGCCUAUCACAUACUAGUAGUGCCAAGGUGAUUCAAGCAAUAAAUCAUUUAUAUUGCAUUGCGGAUGUGCAUAAAACCACUAAGACAAUCCUCGACUCGUGUCUCACAUGCGCGAAAGUGAACCCACACAAGCAAACUAAACACGAUGCACUGCCACACCCCGAGGCACCGUUCCAGCACGUCCAGAUUGACUUUACGCAUAUGCCGCCAAUCGGAAACUUGAAGUAUCUUCUCGUUUUCGUGGACCGCUUCUCUAAAUGGCCAGAAGCGUUUGCGUGCGCAAAAGAAGACGCGAAAACGGUAGUCAAGAUAUUGACAAAAGAAAUCAUUCCCCGUUUCGGUAUACCGACGACAAUUGAAUCCGAUAAUGGCACGCCUUUUGCCUCAAGAGUAACGCAAUUACUAGCAAAAUCGCUAUCCAUUGAUUGGCAUUUUAACAUACCGUAUCACCCACAGUCAGCGGCUGUAGUGGAACGAACAAAUUCAACGAUCAAACAAAGAAUAACGAAGGCCGCAAUCGAAACGGGGAAGAAAUGGGUAGAUUUAUUGCCCGCGGUAUUAACAGAAAUACGCAUGACCCCAUCUUCAACCACAAAACUCUCCCCAUUCGAAAUAAUGAUGGGCAGGCCUUUCCCAACCCCAUGGGUCAAAGGUCGGGCCGGCAUUUCUUCCUUAGGUGAUCUGGAGGUGAUACAGGAGGACUACGUGGUGUCCCUGAUAGAGAAAUUGAACUCAAUCUGUGCUGAUGUUUCUUUGUCUCUCCCUCUUCCCUCAGAAAAGCCAACUCACGCUUUUCUCCCCGGUCAGAGUGUCCUAAUCAGGAGCCUAAAGCCGGUGAGGGUCGGAGAGCCAAAGUACGUGGGGCCAGCCAUUGUGAUCGCGGUAACGCGGACGGGAGUGCUGACCGACUACCAGCCACAGUGGAUUCACGCGUCAAGGUUGAAACACCAUUCGGCCACGGAUUGGAACCCAGUAAAGUCACCGCCACCGCAACCACAGGACGCGCAGAUCAACAAAGAGCCACAAUUGGGAAACCUUAAUGGAAUCUCCACCAACUGAAGGGGCUGAAGGGGUACUCCUACCCUGCACAGUAACCGAAGCGCUCCUCAUCUUCGGCAAUCACGUAGUGGAGACAGCGCAAAGAAUAUUGGAAGACAACGAACACAUCCCAAGGGUGACCAUUGAGAGACAAUUCAUUGAUCAAACACUGAUUUACAUUUUCUCUUUAAAUGCUGUUGGGGAUCUGAAAGUAGUUAGAAGGGACGAGGAAUAGAACAGACUAUUGCUAUACAAAAAGCAGGAGAAAGGGGAUCGCUAUUGGAAAGACAAAAUAAAUUAUAGGAACAUAGGUUUACGCUCAUCUAGUUUAAGUUUAUGGAGAUUGCCCCAUUACUCACCGGGUGUGUACCAACGUCAUUGGCAUACGCAGCACGAAAAGCAGGGGUGGAGGUGGUAGAAGAAGCUAAGAAAACUUUAAUAACCACGCCAGACGCAACAGGGGUUUUGAUAACCGUAACCGUACAAGAAAGACCCG